AUGGAUGAGCCUUCCAUAUCUAGUAGACAGGUUGAUCAAAAACAGUGGAGAGAAAAGUUUUUAACAGAAAUUUUGGAAAGUGAAUAUAAAAAGUCUUCUCAUUAUAAUGUGUUGCCUUCAGAUAAAUAUUCCGAACUGGUUGAACAAGUAGAAGAUGCUGAAAAGUCGAAAAAAGAACACCAUUACAAUAAAGACGACUGA